CGGGGGCGAGGUUCAGGCCGGUUGUGCCGUUGCGAGGUUGCCUGUGAGGUCGUGCGGUAGGCCUAGAAUUAUAUCCUGACUUAGUAAAUUGGAGAAGCCAGUGGCACAGCCAGCGUUCUUCCCCAGCAGUGUCUACAUCCAGUGCACACUGAAUCAUUGUUCUGACAAGGUGUAAUUAAAAAGUGAACCUUUCUUCAGAGAUGUCAAAAACAAACAAAUCAAAGUCUGGGUCUCGCUCUUCUCGCUCAAGAUCGGCAUCAAGAUCUCGUUCUCGUUCAUUUUCGAAAUCACGAUCCAGAAGUCGAUCUGUCUCUCGAUCAAGAAAACGCAGGCUGAGUUCUAGGUCUCGUUCCAGAUCAUAUUCUCCGGCUCAUAACAGAGAAAGGAAUCAUCCCAGAGUAUAUCAGAAUCGAGAUUUCCGAGGUCACAACAGAGGCUAUCGGACCUAUUAUUUCCGAGGGCUCAACAGAGGCUUCUAUCCAUGGAGCCAGUAUAACCGUGGAGGCUAGAACUAUCGGCAAGCGUAUAGUCCUCGUCGGGGCCGGUCUCGAUCCCAGUCCCCAAAGAGAAGGUCUCCUUCACCAAGGUCCAGGAGCCAUUCUAGAAACUCGGAUAAGUCAUCUUCUGCCAGUUCAAGGUGCUCCUCAUCCUCUCGUUCUUCCUCCAACCACAGCCGAGUUGAAUCUUCUAAGCGCAAAUCUGCAAAGGAGAAAAAGUCCUCUUCCAAGGAUAGCCGGCCAUCUCAAGCUGCUGGGGAUAACCAGGGAGAUGAGACCAAGGAUCAGACCUUCUCUGGAGGCACCUCUCAAGAUACAAAAACAUCUGAGAGUUCAAAGCCAUGGCCAGAUGCUACCACCUACAGCACUGGUUCUGCAUCACGAGCCUCUGCAGUUUCUGACCUGAGCCCAGCUCUCAAGGGCCCUCUUCAGUCUGUGGUGGUGAGGCGGCGGUCACCCCGACCUAGCCCUGUGCCAAAACCUAGUCCUCCACUUUCCAACACAUCCCAGAUGGGCUCAUCUCUGCCAAGUGGUGCUGGGUACCAGUCUGGGAGCCAUCAAAGUCAGUUCGACCAUGGCUCUGGAUCUUUGAGUCCGUCCAAAAAAAGCCCUGUGGGUAAGAGUCCACCAGCCACUGGCUCCACUUAUGGCUCAUCUCAGAAGGAGGAGAGUGCUACUGCAGGAGGAGCAGCCUAUACUAAGAGGUAUCUAGAAGACCAGAAGACAGAGAAUGGGAAAGAUAAGGAGCAGAAACAGACAAAUUCUGAUAAAGAAAAAGUGAAGGAGAAAGGGAGCUUCUCUGAAGUGGAUGCAAAAGUGAAAUCAGAUUCAUUUGCUUCCAAGACUGACAGUGAGAAGCCCUUUAGGAGCAGUCAGUCGCCCAAAAGGUAUAAACUCCAUGAUGACUUUGAGAAGAAGAUGGCAGACUUCCACAAGGAAGAGAUGGAUGAUCAAGAUAAGGACAAAACUAAGGGAAGGAAGGAAUCUGAGUUUGAUGAUGAACCCGAAUUCAUGUCAAAAGUCAUAGCUGGUGCAAGUAAAAACCAGGAGGCUGAGAAGUCGGGCAAAUGGGACCUGAUGUAUGCAGGGAAGGAAAAGCAGAGGAAAGCAGAGGAGUUGGAAGAGGAGUCUUUCACAGAGAGAUCCAAAAAGGAAGAGCGAGGAGGGGCCAAGAGGAGUGAAAGUGGGCACCGAGGGUUUGUGCCUGAGAAGAAUUUCUGAGUGACUGCAUAUAAGGCAGUGCAAGAGAAAAGCUCAUCACCUCCCCCAAGGAAGACCUCUGAGAGCCGUGAGAAGCUGGGAGCCAAAGGAGACUUUUCCUCGGGAAAGUCUUCAUUUUCCAUUACUCGAGAGGCCCAGGUCAAUGUACGCAUGGAUUCAUUCGAUGAGGACCUUGCACGACCCAGUGGUUUGUUGGCUCAGGAACGCAAGCUUUGUCGGGAUCUGGUUCAUAGCAACAAAAAGGAGCAGGAGUUUCGUUCCAUUUUCCAGCACAUUCAGUCAGCUCAGUCUCAGCGUAGCCCUUCAGAAUUGUUUGCUCAGCAUAUAGUGACCAUUGUUCACCAUGUUAAAGAGCAUCACUUUGGAUCUUCUGGAAUGACAUUGCAUGAAAGUUUCACUAAAUACCUAAAGAGAGGAGCUGAACAGGAGGCAGCUAAAAACAAGAAAAGCCCAGAAAUACACAGGAGGAUAAACAUUUCCCCCAGUACAUUCAGAAAACAUGGUUUGGCUCAUGAUGAAAUGAAAAGUCCUCGGGAACCUGGCUACAAGGCUGAGAGAAAAUACAAAGAUGAUCCUGUUGACCUUCGUCUUGAUAUUGAACAUCGUGAAAAACAUAAGGAGAGAGAUCUUAAAUGAGGUAAAUCAAGACAAUCAGUGGAUUCCCGAGACUCAAGCCAUUCAAGGGAAAGAUCAACUGAGAAAACACAUAAAGGAUCAAAGAAGCAAAAGAAGCAUCAGAGAACACAAGAUCGCUCCAGGUCCUCCUCCUCCUCCUCCCAGUCAUCUCACUCCUACAAAGUGGAGGAGUAUCCUGAAGAGACAGAGGAGAGAGAAGAGAGCACCACGGGCUUUGCCAAAUCCAGACUGGGGACCAAAGACUUUGUGGGUCCAAGUGAAAGAGGCGGCGGCAGAGCUCGGGGAACCUUUCAAUUUCGAGCCAGAGGGAGAGGCUGGGGCAGAGGCAACUAUUCUGGUAACAAUAACAACAACACUAACAAUGAUUUUCAAAAGAGAAACCGGGAAGAGGAAUGGGAUCCAGAGUAUACAUCCAAAAGCAAGAAGUAUUACUUGCAUGAUGACCAAGAAGAUUUGAAAGAAAUGAACUGGGGGAAAGCUAAUGAUAAAUAA